UAUCCGCCGGAAGUAGUCAGACUUUUGUUUUGGAAAGCUGCUACUGACCGGCCGCCAUUAUUCUUCGUGGCUUGACGCCCGAAAUAAGAUGAUUUAAUACAUGUAAACAUUACGCUUUUCCCCGAGUUGCUGUAUUUACAACCCGUCCGGAGUAUUUAUUUCGUUGGUGAUAUUUUCUACGCACCUUGAUCACAGUAUGGACCGACGGUCCAGUACAACAGGUGCCGGAGGGGCCCUUCCCAUGGCAUCCCUCCGCCUAUUGGCCUCCCCCCUGCAGCUUACAUACUCGUACAUAUGGCAGGUCAUAAGGCAGAGAAACGUGAAGCAUUAUGGGAAAGUAGAAGAGUUUGUAACCAUGGUGACACAGACUGUGCCAGAGCUCAUGACUUUCAAGCAGAGUGCUCAGCUAAUCUUGGGCUUGAGAGCAAGGAUCAUUUUGGACUUACUGCAGUAUGAUAACCCACCAGAUGCCAAGGCUAUUCAAACACUUGUAAAUAAGCUGAAGGUCCCCAUUUCUUCAGGGAAGGAAACAGAGGUGGAGAAAUCCCAGACAAACUUUAUGGUGCUGGUUCAGCAUCUGCUCAAAAACCCCACUGAGAGGAAGCGCUUCUUUCAGGAAGUGUUUCCAGUUCAGUACGGCAGCAAGUUUGACACAGCGCUGCAGACUCUGACUGCUGGCCUUGUUUGCCAGAUGGAAAAACUUCUCCCUGUUCCUAAUUUGUCCCAGCUCGGUGCCAUGAUCUCAAUGGACUCUAAUGUCCUCAAUGCAUGUGGAGGAAUCAUCCCUGAUCCUGGAGAUCUAAAGACUCUACUUCUUCACAAGCAGUCCAAAGGAGUCUUUAGUGUCAAAGCAACUGUCUCGAAUUCAGUGGGCGACUGUGUGCUGUCCUCACUCGCAUUUAUGCCCAAACCAGUACCUCCACCCCCUCCUCCACCACCACCACCACCACCACAGUUACCAAAACCACAGGAGAUCACCAUAAGUGAAAGAAGCCCCUCCUCGUUCAGUGAUAACGAAGAUGUGGACGAUAUUUCAGAUGACGAUUAUGACAUCCCAUCAGCUUCUGUUGCUCAGCCUCAACCAGAUGAGCAAACUACUCAAAAAACAGCUGAUACCAGCACAGCAGAGCUGAGUGGAAUAGCAGCAACACCGAGUGAGAACCUGGUGCAGGAGAAGAGUUCUGAUCAGCCGCCUCUUCCCACAACUCUGCAAAACAAAGAAAACGAUGGAGCAACAGAGAAAAAUGACUCGACGCCACUGAAGUUGAAACCAAUCCCUUUCAGAGUUGUUCAGGUGCCAUUUAAAAGUUCCUCCGCAUUACAGAACGCUGGUUGUGCAGGAGCAAAAGAUGGUCAGAAACCUCACACUCAGCGCGUCACGCUGCAUCAGUGGGUGUCACAGAUUGCUUCUAACUCGAUGUCUCUCCCAGCUUUGCCACCUCUUCCUCCUGGAAGACUGAGUGAGGAUGACUCGAGGCCAAGUAUAAGAAGGAAGAAGCAGUUCAGACACUUGGCUGACAGGUUUAACUGCAGCGUGUGUGAUAAGAGCUUCCCUUAUCAAUCAAAGCUGUUGGACCACGAGCGCAUUCACACGGGGGAGAAGCCUUAUUUGUGCUCAGCCUGCAACAAAAGUUUCCGCACACAGGGUUUCCUCAACAAUCACCUGAAGACACACAGCACUUCUCGUCCUUAUGCCUGCGGCCAGUGCGGCAAAUGUUUCAGCAAACUCCAGAGCCUCACAAAGCACAUAUUGGCCCAUAGCGGCCAAAAGCCCUUCUACUGUAACAUCUGCAACAAAGGCUUCACGCAGUCCACCUACUUCAAAAGGCAUAUGGAAUGCCACACGAGCCAGAUGACGUUUCCCUGCAAGCACUGCACCAAAACCUUCCCCACAUCUUUCAAGCUGUCCAACCACGAGCGCUGGCACACCAGAGAUCGACCCCACAUGUGCGAGCGCUGCGGCAAGAGAUUUCUUGUUCCCAGCUUGUUGAAGAGACACAUGGGCUACCACAUCGGAGACCGCCAGUAUCUCUGUUCCCAGUGCGGGAAGACCUUUGUUUACCUGUCUGACCUGAAGAGGCACCAGCAAGACCACCUACCUAAAGCAAAGAUCCCAUGUCCUGUCUGCCAAAAGAAGUUCUCAAGUAAAUACUGCCUGAGAGUUCAUCUGAGGAUUCACACCAGAGAGAGGCCCUACCGGUGCACCCUUUGUGAAAAGACCUUUACACAAGUGGGGAACCUGAAGGUCCACAUCAGGUUACACACCAACGAACGGCCGUUCAGUUGUGAUGUGUGUGGGAAGACCUACAAGCUGGCCUCCCAUCUGAAUGUCCACAAACGCACUCACACUUGCAAGAAACCCUGGACAUGUGACACGUGUGGGAAGGGCUUCUCUGUCCCUGGCCUUCUUAAGAAGCACGAGCAGCUGCAUACCAGGGAAGCUCUCCCUGAUUUCACCGGGAAACGGCGGCACAGGGUUAAGCACAAGAAGCACUCCCUCAACAAGAAGUAUGAUGAGGAAGAAGAGGGCAGCGAUGACUAUAUCUUGGUCUGCAUUGACUUUGGAGAAUGUGGAGACCCCUCUAAUAUGGCGGCGACACACGGCAGUCAAGCAAGCAACGUCGCUCAUAGAUAUGACUCAGCGGUGAACUGGUCUCGUGAAGAUGCUCAGGAGCUUUGUGCUGCGUGGUCGCAAAUUAAACGUGAGUUGUGUUACAAAUAUCAGACAGACUGCUACGGAACCACGUGGUCUCACAUCUAUGUGGGGAGAAAAGAGGUGAUUGGCCUGAUGUGGACGUUCAAAGAAAGACCCAAACAAAUGCCCAAAACCCAAAACAAAAAGAAGAGCCUUUUGCAUGCAAAGAAAGAAAACCCCUACAACAACUUGCUUUCUGUUUUCACAGAUACGUCCGUAUUUGCUUGGUCCAAAAAGGAGGUCCAUGCCUUAUUAGUCUACUGGGCAAAUCCCAGCGUUCAACAAGACCUCCUGCUUAAAGUGAGAAGCAAUGCCGUUUACGACAGCCUCAGUGCCAAACUGGCCUCCCUAGGAUUUAACAAAUCAGCUCAAGAAUGCAAGGAGAAGAUAAAAAAACUGAAGCAAAACUACAGGAAAAUCAAGAAGCGUCAGAACAUGGGUUGGAGCAGAACCAUGCAGUUGGGCAUUCUGGGUGAAGCCCUCAGUUUGCAGCCUGCUGCUUCAAAAUGUUCAGAAGCAUCAACGUCUUCCUUAGCAGAAUCUUCUCAGCUUGUUGCUACUGAUAUGGAGACUAACCAUUUGACACAUGAAGCAGAGUGGCUGCCUGAUGAAGUCCAAGUUCUCGUCACUCUCUGGGCACAACCAAGCAUCCAAGAGCAGCUUCUCACCUCAGGGCAAAACUCUGAGGUCUUCACAAAUCUCAGCAACGAACUAGCUUUGGUUGGCUUUAAUAAGACGCCACAGCAGUGUAGGGUUAAAGUGAACAAGCUGAUAGAAGAGCACAAAAAAAUCCUGCAGGUAGAACCAGAUGGGAAUGAUCAAAGCGACUGGUUUGUGAUCAUGGAUGGUGUUCUUGGUUCUGAUGGAGAAACUUCCAAAGACGUGAAUGCACCUGAAGAUUUCUCACAAGCUGUUUGGACGUCAGACGAAGUGGACGUGCUGCUCACGCGGUGGGCAGAGGAGUGUGUCCAGAAGCGCCUAGCAGUCACUCAGGAGGAUGAGAGCGUGUACGCUCAGCUGAGUUCAGAGCUCGCCACUCAGGGCUUUGAUAAGACCGCUAACCAAUGCCAGACAAAAGUGAGGCUUCUUAAGCAGGAGUAUGAAAGAAUUAGGGAGCAAAAUGACUCAAAAGAACUCAGCUGGUUUGCUCUGAUGGAUGACGUUUACGGUCGUGCCAAACCAAAGACUGUGGGUAAACCAGCAGCUAUGGUCACUGAGUCAGAGUGUGGGUCUGUGCGGAGAUCAGAGCCUGACUCAGCAGAACCAUCAGAAGGUUACCGUUUGUCCAUCCCGUCUUUGUGCCUCCUGAUUCCGACCCUUCGCCUGAUGUCCGCCUUCGCCUGGCAGGUGGUCCAGUGUUGUAAUGUGGUUCAUUAUAGGAAAGUGGAGGAGCUGGUGGUGCUGGUGACGGAGCUGGCUCCAGAGCUGCUCACAGCCAGAGAAAGAGUUCAGCUCCUGCUCAGACUCAGAGCGAGGCUUGUGCUGGAGUUGUGUCGUAGUGAGAGCACCGCCACGCCGCUGCACGUCCAGCCCCAUCUGGAUGUCAUUUUAAACCUGAAGAUGAGCUCUGGCUGUGAUCAGGAGGACUUUGAGGAGCUGGAGAAGUCCAAAACUAACUUCGUGGAGGUUGUUCAAACUUUGUUUCAGGACCCAGAAGAAAGGGAGAGGUUUUUCACGGAGGUCUUCCCCAUCCAUUACGGCCAACAAUAUGAAGCCACGUUACAAUCACUAGUGUGGAAAUUCAUCUCCAGACUGGACAGCCUGCUGCCCAUCCCUGACAUAAAACAGACAGCUGAGUGGCUCAGCAGCACCCCCUCUGUCUUGGAAGAAUGUGGACAACUGGUUUUAGAGCGGGAACAGCUAAAGGAGCUGUUGGACUUCCACCAGAAACAAACUAAAUACAAAUGUUUCUCUCAAACUCAGAAUAUGUUUUUGCCCUUUCUGUCCCUGCAUCCCAAACCCAGUUCAAACCAGGAAGAGUCUCCAAUCAGUGAUGAAGAGGGGUUUGAUUUAGAUAAAGAAUCAUCUGAGGAAAACCAGACUGAACCAGUUGUGGACGAUUCAGGGAGAAGGGAUGAUGGAAAAAAUCAACAAAGUGAAGGUUCUGGUCCAUCUACGCUCCAUUACUGCUCUAAAUGCUCCUACACUGUUGGCAAAGUGUCAGAUCUUCUUCAGCACAUCAGACAGACACAUCUGAUCCAGAAACCUGGUAACAUCUUUAGGAAUGAUAUCACUCUGAUGAGGGGAACAACAAUCCCUGGACUGAAAAUCUGCGAAUUUUCAAAGGAAGAAGCAUCCUCUAACAGCAAAGGUCCUCCAUAUCAGUGUGAUAAGUGUGACAAGAAGUAUCUCAAUAAAUCAAAACUGACUAUCCACUACCGGAGUCACACUGGAGAGACGCCAUUUUUGUGCUCCACCUGCGGCAAAGGCUUCAGGACUUCAACUGCUCUAAAUUCACACUCACGCACACACACGGGGGAUUGGCGCUAUAAAUGUGACAUAUGUGGAAAGACCUCCAUCCAGCAAAUGGCAAGACACAUGCGCAUGCACCGAGGGGAGAAGAACUAUCUGUGUUCAGAGUGUGGGAAGGCUUUCCUCUCCUCCGGGGAGUUGAGGCUGCACAUGCGCUCCCACACCGGCGAGAGGCCUUACAAGUGUAAACAAUGUGGGAAAGGUUUCAUUGCAAAGUGCAUACUGACACGUCACACUCGCCAACACACCGGAGAGAAGACUUACAGGUGCUCGCUUUGUCCCAAGACUUUCUACAGUUUGAGAGACAAGAAGAGACACCUGAUGAUCCACACACACAAGAAGUCUUUUCAGUGCUUGACGUGCGGUAGAAUCUUCAGGCAGGAGGACACUUUUAAACUGCAUGUUGAAACUCACCAAUUAACGUGAUUGUUUUAUAAAAACUUUGACCACAUAGUCUAAAAGUGUAACUUUGCACUUGUUUCAAGCAUAAAGUGACUUGAUAAUAAAAAGAUUGACUGGUUGUAAAAUUGUUGCUUUCAGUAGGGGUAGACCAAUAAAGCCAAGCGGACGCUACGACUUCCACUGGUAGCAUUCAGCUCGGUCUCAAACUGUACGACUUCCUUGCAGAGCAAAGCUCACGAAUCAUGUUCUCAGAAUGUACGACUCGAUCGGGUGCGAACCGACUGCUCACACAAUGUCUGGUAGCAACACGUCAGACCUGAAAAUGUGCUAAAAAUAGUAGUUUUAACAACACGUACAUUUUGAGUCCAGAAGACCCGGACGCUGUUGUGUUAUGUCAAUUGUUUUUCAAGCUUGCCAUCGCUGGGCAUGUAGGGGUUUAUGGGGGUUGGAGAAAUGAAAGGAAGUAAAUGUUAUUUUACAUAAAUACAGAAGACUCAAUGUCUUGACAAUCCUCGUCAUUGUACAUGAUGUAAAGUGUGAAAAUAAAAGAAAACGUGUGUUGACAAAAAUA